CCAUCGCCUUCGCAAUCCCCCUUUCAUGACUUUCACGUAAGCAAGGGCAAGUGUCUUUGCCUGUGCCUGUAUCUGGGUGCUUUCCUCUUUGAGAAUAGGCCCCAGGCAUUCAAAUUCUGAACAAGACCUCUUGUGAAGGUGCAGUUCCGAUGGCAGCAAAGGUAGUCGAAGCAUUUGACAGCCUCGGUAGCAAAGAGAGAUCGGAAGCUUUGGAGCAAAUUGUGCUACGUCUCUCCAGCUACGAGUGGCGCGCCUUGCAGAGGAUGCUUGCACAACGAACUUUUCAAAGGGACAUCGUUGGGGCUGCUGACCUGCCGUUCGAGAUCUUGAUUCUUAUUUUUCGACACCUCCCUCUCCAGGCUGUAAUUAAAUAUCAAUCUGUAAGCCGAUAGGAUAAUCUGUCGAGCUUGAUGUGCUUAGGUGUUUGCAGGUCAGCAGAGCCUGGUACCGCAAGUUGAACAAUAUCGAGACAUUCAAUGCGACCUUUGGUCAACUCUGUCGAUGUUCCCCACAGUCUGCACCUCUCACAAGUGAUUUGACCCCUGUUGAUCAGUUGCAAUCAGCCAGAAGGUAUAUCGAAUGUGUGAUACGGCUUCAGAAUGUACGGCCGGUCAACAUUCUGCAAAUUCGGGUUCCCUACGAUGAGUUCGACUCCACCCAUAGCCUCGUAUGGCCCCGUGUGCAUGAAGAGAUGGAACUCUCUGGAUGCAACAUGGUUUGGACAUCUCAAGCUAGGCGUGAAAUCAUUGCUUUUGACGUCUGCACGGGUCGUUAUCACACUGUGUCUUUGCCUGGACGUUUCUCCUGCGUUCUUCACGCCGUCACGAGCAGCUUCGUCGUGGUAUCCCCACGUCUAGGCCUCAACAUUUACGGCUUUGACCUAGCGAAUCUUGAUGCUCGUCCCACCAGACUGCUGCUACCAGCCGAACCUGCGAAAACCGCUUUUCACAAGCAUAUGGCCGCAUUCCUGCUGAGAAAGACGAGAGAACGCCUUACGCAUUUUGAUGACGAGGUCGUAAUCUGGGAUAUGAGAAGCCGCCGUUCUUAUAGCUUCACGUUGUUCUUCUCCAAGGAUAUACUUUACCAGUACUGUAGGAACCAUGGCCAAGAAUUGCAGCUUCUGACGAAUUUCUGGGUUCAUGUCGACAGUGGGAUCUUGACCUUUGUCUAUCUGCGCUUUUCAAAGGCCUUGGAUUAUCUGUUCAUUAGCAUAAUUCAGACCGGCUUGAAGGGCGACGUCAGUCACGAAGCCCACUUGCAGAUCCAAAGUCAUUGCGAGGUCCGGGAUGUGAAUUUCGAAUGCUACCCCGAAUCUCGAAAAGACUCAGGCAGAGUCCUGCUUGCAAUCCAGCACAGUUUAUCCCACUCCGAGGACUGUCAAAGGAGCAUCAUAUUCGAAAUCGACACCUCAUCCACGCCACCAUUAUAUCCAUCUCGAGUCGAACUAUGGUUGUACCUGAAGAGACCUAGCGAGCUCGUUUCGUUCAAGUACAAAUACGAAGGGCUGCAAAAUUCUCCAGGGGGAGAAGAAUCUCAGUCAUUUCACACCUAUUCUAUUUCCGAGAAACCCGCGUGCAUCUCAACGCUGGGGCCUGGUGACUCCCAAGCCGUAAAGUGUUCUGCAGUUCCAGGAGUUCCUCUCUCCAGCCGUCAGCAGUCUUGCAUCUGUUGGCAACGAUUCGACACCUCGACUCGCAGAUACGUCACGUAUCGCGCCACCGGGCGUAACCAACAUGGCUCUGCACAUGGCUUUGACAUCAUCGACUUGGAUGUCUUCGCAGCAGAGAACGCUGCAUUCGAUAUUCAGUCCACUGUUCACACACGACGCUCUUUCGAGAUUAGCUUUGUGAACGACGGCACAAGACAAGCUGUGGAUGUGGUGACCAUGGCGAUGACCGAAGGUUUUGUUGUUGUGCAACUGUUGGCCGAAAGAAUUGACCUCGGGGCAGUAUGUAGGGUUGAAACAGUAUUUGUCGUACUCAUAUUUGAUCCAUAUCACAAGAACGCAAAUAUGUCGAGGGGUGAUGCUGCGUUCAUGGUCACAGAACAUCAACUAAGCACCGACUCCUGACUAAGAAGUCUGCAUGAUGUUGUUCUUGUACACUACGUAU